UUUGGUCAUUUGUGCUACCUGUCCUAGGUUUUAAAAUAACUGUCAAUUCAGGCUUCUUAUAUAUAAUACCAUCUUGUUGGUAGCUUCCUUCACUGACCAACGUCUUGUUCAAUCUCAUACGUAACUAAGGCAUUCAAUACUACAAAAUCAAGAGUUGGAUAGAGGAGCAGAAGAAAAGAACUAAUCAAAAUGGACAUGAGUGUUGUUCUUCCUGAAGAGUGUUUAUCCAAAAUCAUCUCCCUUACAUCUCCCAAAGAUGCAUGCAGAUUGUCUGUAGUGUCUCCUUUCUUUAAAUGUGCUGCGGAUUCUGAUACCGUUUGGGAGAGCUUCCUGCCAUCAGAUUACGAGGGAAUCAUUUCCAAUUCGGCUUCACCAUCUCUGUUCAGUACUUGCUCGUCCAAGAAGGAUCUUUAUUUUCAUUUCGCAAAUAAACCCAUCUUCGUCAACAGUGCCAAAACGAUCUUUGCACUAGAGAAAGAGAGUGGAAAAGUCUGUUGCAUGGUUGGUGCAAAAGCAGGGAUAUCUGUCACUUGGGGAAGUAAAUCCUAUUGGACAUGGCCAUCUCUACCAGAAUCCAGGUUUCCUGAAGUGGCUGAACUAAAGCCUGUUUGUUGGUUCGAAGUCACGGGAAAAAUAGAGACCAAACUUUUGUCCCCUGAAACCACCUAUGCAGCUUACCUUGUAUUCAAGUUUGCUGACUCCAGAAAUGGAUUUGACACAAGACCUGUAGAGUUAUGUUUCUACGUUAGAGGAAUGGAGGAGGAAGAAAGAAGUAAGGUGUUUCUUGACGCUCAGGCGGGUGCACCCAACCUAUCUCAAGAUCGAGGACACGGCUGGAGGGAGAUUGAGAUUGGUGAAUUCUUUAAAAAGCAUGGAGAAAAUGGAGGCGUGGUAUAUAGUUUGUUUGAUUUUGAUGGCUUCAGCAGUAAACAUGGCUUGAUUAUAGAAGGAAUUGAGCUGAGGCCUAAAAGUGUUUGAUAAAAGUAACACCUCCAAACAUAUAUAAUUCUUUUAAAUAAGCUUUUGUUAAUGUGCACUUCUAAAUCAAGAUUGUAUUAAUGAUGCUUUUUGUUUUGUGUUCUAAUUGUUCUCUUGAAAGUAAUUUCGAAUUCUUGCGCAUAUGGGUUUCUUUUACAUUCUAUUUAGGGUUGGGAUUUGUCUCCG